UUUGCUCACUAUACCUAUGGCUGUGGGGUGGAACGUGUAUAAAGUGAACAGACAUCUUUCUGUCCAGCCUCAGUGUGCUGUGAACCCUGUCAGCCAUGAGGAUCUAUUACCUGGUCUUUGCAUUGCUGCUCUUGUUCUUGAUGCCUGUUCCAGGUAAUGGAGGACUCAUCAAUACAUUGCAAAGGUAUUUUUGCAAGAUAAGAAGCGGUCGCUGUGCUGUGCUUAGCUGCCUCCCGAGGGAGGAGCACAUAGGCAGCUGCUCUGUCGGGGGCCGGAAAUGCUGCCGAAGAAAGAAAUGAAAAAUCCAGAAAUAUGAUGAGAAUGUUCUGAAGUGUGAAAAAGCCUACUUGGAGUUUAUAGAAGCAAAUUUAAAUGAAAUA